AUGCAUCAAUGCCCAGUUGCAACAAAUUUAAAAUUAUAUUUGAUUGCAAGUGGUGUACUCGAAAUUAUAUGGCCUGUUCUUUUUGCUACUAUACCUUUUUGUGAUGCAAAUGCAUUCGAUAGUGUAACAAAAACUUAUCAGAAAUGGAAAAGUGAAAAUGGAGGUCCAUGGCGAAAGGAUGGUAUUAAAGAGGAGACAUCAUAUGGAAUUGGUGUUUGGACUAUUAUUGCUGCGUGUGUAUGUCUUUUUGCAGAUUUUAUUCUUUGGUGUUGUGGAAAUGCAUGGAUAUUAACUAAAUACAAAUACGUUGAAUAUCAUGAUUCUUUUUCUUUGAGUUAUUGUUAUGCCUCAUUAUUUAAAGCUGCUUUUGGUAUUAUGAUUGUCACUGAUAUUUGGUGUGUCUUUGUAUGUCUAGCAUUAAUUCUUUAUUGGAUGUUUAAGUAA